AUGUCAGAUUCCAACACAACCGACUUCAACAACCCCUCCACUUUCAUCCUGCUGGGCAUUCCUGGCCUGGAGACGGCCCACAUCUGGAUCUCUAUCCCCUUCUGUGCCAUGUAUGUCAUAGCCAUCUUGGGGAACUUCACCAUCCUGUUCAUUGUGAAGAGGGAGCCGAGCCUCCAUGGGCCCAUGUACUAUUUCCUCUGCAUGCUGGCCAUCACUGACCUGGUCCUGUCUACGUCCAUCCUGCCCAAAACACUGAGUAUCUUCUGGUUCAAUUCCAGGGAGAUCGAUUUCAGUGCCUGCCUCACCCAGAUGUACUUCAUUCACUGCUUCUCAGUGAUAGAGUCUGGAAUCUUUGUGGCCAUGGGUUUUGAUCGCUACGUGGCCAUCUGCGAUCCCCUGAGACAUUCCACCAUCCUGACAAACCCCAUCGUGGCCAAGAUCAGCCUGGCCGUGGUGCUGCGCGGUGGCAUGCUCGUAAUGCCACAUCCCUUCCUGGCGAGGCGGCGGCCUUAUUGCAGAACCAACAUCAUCCCCCACACACUCUGUGAGCACAUGGCCGUGGUGAAGCUGGCUUGUUCCGACAUUCGCGUCAGUAGUUACUAUGGCCUCUUUGUGGUAUUCUGCGUGCUCGGUCUGGAUGUGUUUUUUAUCGCUGUUUCCUAUAUUCAGAUCCUCAGGGCCAUCUUCAGUCUCCCCACAAAGGAUGCCCGGCUCAAGACAUUUGGGACCUGUGUCUCCCACCUCUGUGCCAUCUUAGCCUUUUAUGUCUCAACGAUUUUCUCUUCCCUCACAUACCGGUUUGGCCAGAAUGUUGCCCUGCAUUUCCACGUUCUCAUUGCCAAUGUGUACCUCCUGGUUCCCCCCAUGCUCAACCCCAUCAUCUACGGGGUGAGAACCAAACGGAUCCGGGACAGACUGCUCCAGCUCUUUUCUCAUAAAGGGACCUAA